CGAGGCCGAGGCUGCCGUACCCGAGAAUCGACGGGCUUCAUAUUUACACGUACCGGGCGUUUAUCGACGCCGUUAACUUUUACCUCGAGAUGUGUGACAUUUCCGAUCUCUUCCAUGUAAGAGGUAUGCCGCUCCAUGAUCUCAGUCGAAUUAGUGACAAAAACCGAAAGUGGCGGAAAAUGGAAGAAGAUGACAGUGUGUUUGUUUACAGAGAAGGAACACUGGAUCAAGCUACAUUCAAUCUUUAUCACCCUGCUAGUAAGAGCAUCAGCAACAAUCCCAAUAGCGGCGGCAACGGCGGUCACAAUUCGAUCCUUAUUCGGGAUAAGGGAAGCAAUACCCCUGCCAGCUGCAUUGUUCCUUUGAAAGAUAUCAUAGUAUGAGAGUGAUACUCAUCAAGGUUGUAACUUGGAAGAAUAUAAGCAACAAAAACCUCACAUAAUUAUCUUCAUUUUAUAAACCCAAAAUUUUGCUUUCCCCA